CAAAAAAAAAAAAAAAAUCUACAUAUUUUGUUUUAAGAAAAAUCAACUGCUGUGCAAAAACUGACUUUUAAACACUGGAUACGGCAGAUUUAGUCUCAAGAUUUGUCUUUCAGUUUAUUGUUUUUAAUGUGAUAAAAUGUUUCCGCCAGUAGCAGAAAGCAGCGAAGUAACUGUGUAUAAAGUGGACUCGGCAACCAAGCUGAGGUGCGUGAAGGGCGAUGCCUCCCUAGGUUUCUGUGGAUCCUGUGACUCGUGUAUUCUCAAAUCGAAACUUUCCGCGACUUCAGAGUGGUUCCGACGAGCAAGCGACGUGACAAAAAAGAGGUUUCUUACCGGCCUCAUCAAGAGAUGCGAGAGCCUGGAUUUGCUGCAGAAUAUAGAGAACGUUUUGAAAGCGACGCUGGGGAAAGAUUUCACCUACUCCAAGUCCCGAGCUAACCCCAGCCUCCCCCAGGAUCUGACCACCUGGGGCUCCGACCGAGCCCUGGACCCGAAAGUGCUCGGGAAAGACAUGCUGGAGACCUGGGACUGGUUCAAACGGAGGGGAUACUGGAGCAAAGCGAACUACAUGCUUGGGCUGCUGGUGAUGUGUGAUUCCGACGUCUUGCAUGUGGCAGGCAACCUCAUUCGAGUUCUGGUUGUAAGGCAGAAAAAUAAUCCAUUCUCCAGAAAGUCUUGUGGAGACCAGCAGGAGGAUGAGACGGCUUCUCUCCCAGAGUCCCACUACUCGUUCCGGACAGACCAACACCCAGAGCUCGACCUGCUGAGGCAAGCGUGUCCCGUGUAUGAGCGUGUUACCAUGGAAACAUUCCCCAGCAACUGGGGCCUUGAAUCAGAAGAUGCUGUGAUAGCUGGGGAAGCGUCCUUGGGAUCAACGAGGCCAGCGGAAUCCAGACAGCUGACGCAGGGCCCCUGGACAGGGGAGGGUAAGGGGAGGUUGGGCAGCAGCAGCAUUGAGUGCAGUGACGAGGAUUCUGUGUUCUCUGAUCACCCUGCUCUCAUGAUUGUCCCCACCUCCUUCCAGUCCACGUCCGGGGUCAGCCGCUACAGAGACUUCCUGCGUGGGCUGCCUGUACACCUGGCCAAGUGCAUCCUGGGGUCUCUGGAUAAGCAUUCCCUGGCGAACUGCUUGUGCGUGUCCCAGUUUUGGCGGUUCCUGGCAGAGGAGGUCCAGAAGGAGGCGGUAGUUUGUAGAAUGGUCCAGAAUGAGGCGAUGAUCCUGAAGGGGACCUUGCCCAAAGGAAUCAGUGCUGUGUAUGCCAAAAUCUGCAAUGUGCCUGUGCCAAUGUCUGCAGAUGAUGGGAGUCUCAUCCCUGUACCGAGCACUGGUAAACCAAAGGAUUCCAGUUUGGAAGCAGUCUAUGCCGGGCUGCAAACCAAAACCGAAAAAAUGGAAGAGAGGAACAUUUACUGCGGAUCUUACAAUGUCCUUGUACUGUCCGACCAUGAAGACCCAUCUAGGACGGUCCAUUACAACGGAAGGAGGCUGUUGGCGAUCGGCUCUAAAGACAGGAAGGUCAGAAUCCUUGACGUGAUCAAAGCCAAGGAAGUGCCCCCUACCAUCAGCGGCCAUGCUGGGAGUGUCAUAGUGGUGUUCAUCUGUGAACAAAGAGGCAUUGUGAUCAGUGCCGGUUAUGAUCUGAGCAUCAGAUGCUGGAACAUUAAUUCUGGAGACUGUAUGAAGAUCCUACGAGGUCACCUGGGCACGAUAGGCUGCUUAGAUCUGCAUGAAAACAGUCUGGUCUCUGGUGCUAAAGACUGCAAAGUCAAAGUGUGGAAUAUACUGACAGGGAAUUGCAUCAACAGGUGUAAUUUUAAGCACAAAGACCCCAUCCUGGGUGUGAAGAUAAACAGGGAGCAUGUUCUGAGCAGCUGUAAGGGAGGCCUGGUUAAACUCUGGCACAUCGCCACUGGCAACCUAAUCAAGACUCUGCAAGGACACCAGGGGGAAGUAAAGGGGCUUUACUUUGAUGACUGGCACAUCUUCUCGGGGGGAGAGGAUGGAUAUGUCAAGGCGUGGAGCAUGCACCCACAAUUCAACAGGUGCCUGAGGACUUUCAGACACCCAAAGGAAGUCACAUGCCUGGCGUUCCGAUACCUGCGUCUGAUCAGCGGCUGUGCGGACGGGAAGAUCCGGAUCUUUAACUUCCUGACGGGAGACUGCCUCCGGGAGAUGAGAGCCAACAGCAGAUCAAACCCAGUCCUCUCCAUCAACCUCAGUGAUAACAGCAUCGUGCUGAACACCCAGUCCAGCGUGCUGCUGUUCCAGUUUGCACAGGUGGAAUGGGACUACAAGGUGCAGGAGGUGGUGAAACAGCAGCGGAGGGACUAUAACCUAAUGCCGGCCUUCAAGAAGCACUCCUACGCCUAUGUACGCGCCCAGCGCAUGAAGAGAGUGGGCUCCACCAACCAGAAGAUCUACCACCGAGGGGAGAAGGAGCUGGACACGGCAAACGCUGGCCUCUCCCACCACGCACGCAGCCUCUCCGCAAACAAGAUGCAGAGGGCACAAAGCAUUCAGAAGGAGUCCAUGAGGCCGGCAACAUGGAACGAGCUGCAGAGUUACCGCCGGAGCAUGGCGUACAUUGACCUACAGCCAGAGUUCUUCACCAAGCCACCCUCUGUCCUCGAGCCAGGCAGACCCUUUCGGAGCAUCAGCCCCGAGCCACAAAGCAGGGAGAGGCAGGCGCCAGACUCGGCUAAAGAAUCGGGCCGAGGGUCUUCGUUACACCUGUCUCACAGUGAGCACACUGUGCUGGAGCGCGUGAGGAAGAGGGGGCCACACGGCUCCACAACCCCUGAGCGCCUCCUGCUGUCUGUUAGUGCGCUCCAGCGUUCGCAGAAGUCAGACGAAACAACGGAGCGCAACUCUGCCAUCCGGGAUGCCUGGGGCUCCCCUUCCUCCCCUUCCUCCCCUUCCUCCCCUCAGUCAGUUGGGAAACUGACUGGACCUCCGAAGAAACAUCCGAAAACACCUGCUAAUCCCACAUCCCCGGGUCGCUCCGUGGAGAUGGUAACAACCUACACUCCGCUGGUCAGCAAAGGGGUGGAGCUGAAGCUCGGGAACUCUUUCUACGGGAGUCGCGUCAAGUCCAGCAUUCCCAAACCGUCCCUUGUGAGACCCCAAUCCUGCGCAGGAUUCGGAGAACCGAGAAAGCAGGGAUCCGGGAAGAAAAGGCCACAGAGCACACCUGGAGUGCAGGUUCAGGAGAUCGGCAGCUUCACCACUACGGCAGAGGAGCUGCUCCUCAUGACACCGAACAGGAUGGGGAUUUUCAGAACCACCGCGAAGCAGGUCAACUUCAAAGAGGCCAGCGUGAAGAUCAAGAGCCCGAAGCAGAGGGAUCCCUACCGGGAGCACAGUAUGUUCAGGCUGUGGACGGCCAAGCAGGAGAAGCAGGCGUGCCAGCACAGCCUGGCUGAGAAGAAGGAGACCGAUGACAGGGAUGCCGAGUGCAGGAGAGCCUGGCUCAUGAAAGUCAAGGGGCUGCCCAUUGCAGACUUCACCAAAGAUGGCCAAGUGGCUGCCCCUGAGCUGGGAUAUGGCGUUUUCAUCUGAGAUCACUGAGUCGUGCGGAACUCACGGUCAUCUCUGUAUAGACCAACAGCGUUUUAUGGGCUCUGAAGGAAUACCUCUUUUAUUCCACAGUUAAGGAACAGCCUUGUGGCUACAUAUGUAAAUACAACACGAAAGUAUAAAUAAGUUGGCACCACAUAAUUUAAACUAGAAAUACAGAAAUAUUACACCCUGAUAUUAGAGUCAGUUAAGGUGAAACGUUGAGGGUUUCUUGUAAUAACAUGUACAUUAACUGAUUUUCAUCAUGUGAUAUUGUGUAUUUACAUUAUUCUUUUUAAAUGUAGCUUUGAAUCACUGUUGUACCACUUCUAAAGGUUUACAAUCAAUGCUUUCUGGUACUGUAUACUUUGUUAUAGGUAACCGCUGUACUCAAAACAAACACAAGAUGGCAGUAGUGCUUCAGCAUAGAAGGUAGGAUGCACUUUUUUAAAAUUAAAAAAUAAAUGUGCUAAGGCAAAUGGUGUCCUGUAACCAUACUGUCCAAAAUGCUAUAAUAGAUACUAUAGGAUAUCAUAGGAUACAAUAGGUUUUAGGACGGUACUACAGUAUUUGUUUUAUAAAGGGUGCUAGCAAGGGACAGGCCAGACAUACGCUCCUCAGCUACUCACUUUGCUGCUGAAUCUGAACCAAAAACACAUUGUGUGUUGUGUUGCCUCCACCUGGGUGUGUUGGCUCGAUCCACCUUUUCUAAUUAGCACAGACCAAGUAGACUGCAGUUACAAAGACAGGCUGAUAAUGGUAUUAUCUGGCUUGCCAGCUCCCCUACAGUUCAGCUAAUUAGAGUGAGAGGGAGAGAGGGCACCAGGUCAAGCCGUCUUAAAAAACACUUGUGUUAGCGCUACUACUGGUGUAUAACUUUAUUUAUUUUAUAAAAGGCAGUUAAAUCUUAUAAGAAUAUACAUACAAAGUGAUACAGGUGGGCUGAAAAGUGAACAUCUAGUCAUCAGACUGCAUGUCCAUAGCAGCGUUAGCAGGGUAUUUGUUGUCCAUUGUAGGUCAUGUACAGUGUUACAGUGGUUUGAAAAAAGUGACGGUAUGCACAGAAAAAAAGAUGCUGGGGAGGAUUUGUUGGAUUUUACCACAUUCAACCAGAGCUGCAGAUUAUGUUUCAUUCAAUACAUUUUAUUAAAGCCUCUCUCACAGUCAGUAGUACUGAUAGGUGUUGUGUAAAUAGUACUGGAUGUUUUUUUUUUUUUCAGUUUUUGAGGAACGUUCCUUUUUCCUGUUGAUUUGUAUAAGUUUCAUUUAUAUCCAAGUUGAGUUCCGGCUCGACUACACCAAAGAAAAAUAAAAAAAAAAGUCAAAGAAACACAAAUCAAAGCAAUUAAAAUAAAUAAAUAUAUAAAAGAGAGACGGACAUAGAUUUAGCGUUUUUUUUUCUUCUUUCCUUUCCUUUGUAAGUGCUGCUAA